AGCUCCUGCUGCUCACACUACACUAUCUUUUCUUUUUUAGUCAUUUAAGGACGGCCUUUAGCCAUAGUUAGCAAGGGAAACAACUGACGUCAAAGUCAAAGUAAACCAAGAGGUCUGGUUCCUGUAGGAGACUGCGAGGAGCUGAGAGUCAGGGAGUGAGUCUGUGUCAUUCCACUCCUCAAUUGGGAACAUCUGUCCGGACGAGUCCCAUUCACUGCCUAUGCCAUGAAAAACAAACAAUCAAGGAUGAAUCCAUCAACUGCCUUCUAAUCAACGACUCUUCAUUAUUGGCAGGUGGGUCUAAUGGUUGACAGGUGAGUGGUACAUUCCACUUCCCCGCAUGGUCCAUGCUGUUGGUACCAGGGCCAAGGAAACCCCUUUCUUCUGUGUUGGCUUGAGAACCAAGAACUUCAAGUUGCAUCUUCUGCCAGUGGCUUCAAAGAUAAACAAUGGAGUGUCUUUUUAACCAAAAGCUUGUCUACAUCAACAAAUCAACUGUGAGGAUGUCAAACAGCACCUCUUCCUACACCGACACCCCCUCAGUCAAUGAACCAGAGAGCCCAGAUGACAUUUUGUACACCAGAUUUUAUAGACUUUCUGUAGCGUUGAUGGUCAUCAAUAUCCUCAUUUUCCUGGUGGGAAUAGUACUGAACAGCUUGGCCAUCUAUGUGUUUUGCUUUCGGACAAAGACCAAAACGACAUCUGUUAUUUACACCAUCAACUUGGUGGUGACGGAUCUCCUGGUGGGCCUUUCUCUGCCUACACGCAUCAUCAUGUACUACAGUGCGGGAAACUGCAAACAUUGUUACUUUGUGCACAGCUUCACGUACUUUGUCAAUAUGUACUGCAGUAUCCUUUUCUUGACCUGCAUCUGCGUCGACCGCUUCAUGGCUAUUGUACAGGUGGAAGCAUCUCGAAAGUGGCGAAACCCCAACUACGCCAAGUUAAUAUGUAUCUGCAUCUGGAUCUUUGCCGUUGUUGUCACCUUCACCAUCUUGACGACCACCAUCAAUCACCCGUCCUGUUGCCUCUUUCAGCUUUUCUCUCUCACAGCUUUUGAGUAUUUUGUACCCCUGAUAAUAAUCACAUUCUACACCUUACGGAUCAUGUGGGCCUUGUCUAGAUCGACUCUCAUGAACCAGAGCAGAGAGAGGCGCAUGAAAGCCGUCCAGCUCCUCAUCACGGUACUGAUCAUCUUCACUGUUUGCUUCACGCCAUUUCACGUAAGUCAGGUGAUCCUCUGCAUCAACUCCUCCAUAUCUCUCGAUGUCAAUAUUGUGGUUUAUCAUGUGACCGUCACCCUGAGCAGCCUCAACAGUUGCAUGGACCCUAUUGUCUACUGCUUUGUGACCAACAACUUUCAGUCAACAAUGAGAAGCAUCUUCAGGAAAUACCAGCCAGAGCCAAUCAGUGUAAACAUAGUGAAUCUCCACAAGAACUCCAAAGGGUCAGGCACGAUGACCACCAUAUCCAACGCCAUAGUAAGCCUUCCCCUACAAAGUAGCGCCCUCAUAUAGGAAGUGUCAGAGGCUUUGGUUACUCUGGAAAUGACAUUUGAAGGCCUGAAACUGAACUUACUCCUAUUCUAACUGCCAAUCACUGAGAGUUUUGGGGAGGGGGGGUUGUAAUGCAUUCCACAGAAUGAUCCUUUGCCUAUCAUCUUGGGAAAGUACAUAAUGAAGAUAUCUUUCAUAGUUGUUUUCUCUCUCAUACUUUUGUAUCACACUGCUUACUUGAUCCUUUUUAGCUUGAUUUGCAAUAAAUUAUUUUAUCUAUG